AUGGAUUGGUCGUAUCUCACACUUUGCAUCUUAAACGCGAACUUGUCUUACACCGCAGCAAUUUUGAACAUUGUAACAAUCUACGCGAUCAUGAAAACUUCGUCCUUGUCAAAAAAUUUUAAAACAUUGCUACUGAGCCUGGCUGUUUCUGAUCUUGGUGUUGGUUUACUAGCUCAGCCAAUGUUUGCUGCAUAUAUUAUAAACUCAAAACAAAACAAUGAAACCAUGAAUAAACCUUAUAAUGCCAUAUAUAUAGCAUUUGGUACCUCGACUCAUAUCUUCAUUUCUGCGUCAUUGUUUAGUGUCACGGCUCUCUGUGUAGACAGAUUUUUGGCAAUUUACCUUCACCUCAGAUAUCAGGAACUUGUGACACACAAGCGUGUUACUAUUGCCGUGACCUCAAUUUGGGUAUUCAGCGUGCUUACUACAUUGCUCAGCUUUUGGAUUCCAACAAAUAUCAUGUUCGUAUGUUAUGCAAUCAGAAAUUUUUCUUGUAUUAUAACUGCAACUUCCCUAAGCGUCAAACUUAAACAAACUCUAAGACGCCACAUGACCCAAAUUCAAAUCCCGCAAGAAGCGCAAAAUCACCAAGUCGAAAGUAUUCAAAGAAACAAGACAUCUGCGAUGGCAUCGCUUCACGUGUAUCUGGUUUUCAUAGUUUGCUAUUUACCUAAUAUUUGUGUGUUAAUAACUAUCGCUACCAUUUCCGAACCAAGGAACGAUCUACAGCAUUUAAGGCUGUAUACUCUAACCCUGAUAUUUCUUAAUUCGACCCUUAACCCACUGAUCUACUGUUGGAAGCUGAAACAGAUACGAAAGACUGUCACAGGCAAACUACGAGAUGUAUUUUCAAGACACACCUAACGAAACUUUCGCCGGCACAAUUCAGAACACCUUGGAAGUCAUACCUGUCUCAAGCAGUCACCGUUGGGAAACUGCAUUUUUAAGUUUAUCAAGUUACGAAGAAAAUGACUGAAGGACUACCUCCAGAGUAUAUGACUAGACAAAGCUACUUGUCCGCUAAAUUCAGUGUGCUGUAAAUUUUCCCAGAUUAUUUCAAGAUGGUAGACUCUCCAUAGCGUAAUCAAUACUUCCAUCCGUUACUUAAUAAUUAUCAAAAAAUAUGAUCAUGCACGGUUUUAUUUAAAGAAAAAACAAACAAACAAAAAUCGUUAGAUUUUCUUUUUCAGUAAGACGAGGCUUCGUUUCUUAGCGCGCUUAGCACUCGUCGCAGCGAUGCUGGUAUCGGCCAAAAAAAAAAAAAACGGCUCUGCUUACGUAUCCUCUUCGUGUCACCCUUUCAUUGUGUAAAAGCAAGAGCCAUAAUUUCUUUUGAUAAACUUUUACUUCAGCAAUUUUUUUUAGCAAGUUCUAAUUUUUAAGCAUGAGUUCUUUUACAAUCCGCAACACACACACACACAAAGAAAAACAAACACACAAAACAAAACAAAAACAGUCUACCCUCAAAAUUACACCCAAAAAAAUGAACUCAACACCCUUCAAAUUAAUGCACCUUUCAAUUGUCUCAAACAGGAUAUUAUUGCUAGGGCUUCCCGAGUUCAAAAAUGGGCUAAAGGCCGACAUGGAAGUUUCGUUAAUGCUAAGAACGCUGAAAAAUUCUUUAUUCAAGUGCCUUUAGUCUUAAUUUAUAUGAUCGAAAAGUCCCAAAUAUGGGCAAGCGAUGGCCAACUUCGACCUUAAGGUCUGUAAUAACAAUAAUACAAAUGCGUUGGGUUUAAAGAUUGACGAGAAAAAAAAAAAGCUAACUAUACCCUAAAAACUAUUUGAUUCAGCCACCCCAAGUCUCACAUGCUGUAGUCCAUUUACUCAGAGGUAACUAAAUAAAUGUAAAUUCAUUUUAACAUUGUAUUUUUUUUUAGAAUCUUACUGUGUAUUUUUAGAGUUUUUAUUGUAGCUGUAUUUUGUAAGUAAUGUUAUUCUUAUUUUUAAUAUAUAGUUUCAUUCAUUUGUAAUUAUUUUUACACCACCGCCAAUCGUGUUUAAAUAAAGGACAUAUAUAUAUGUAUGUAUGUGGAUACGUUUUCUGAUGAUAAAGUUGAAACGAAACGUCGCGCCGGAACAAUAUAUAGGUGACAAUCGCGAGACAAACGAUAAACGAAACCCCUCAUACACAUUAUCCACAAUGAACAAUAUCUUCCAUGACAAAGUUGAAGUUAUUUUUAAAAAAAAACUUCCUGUUAUCUAAUUCAGAAAUUAGACAUCAGGUUUUCAGGACAGCACGUACUGGCGCCUAUAAUUGUUCAAACCAUUAUCAUAAGUGGCGUUAUACUAAAGAGAAACUAAUUGAAAAACACUGUCAUUCACAUCAUGUUUUUUAUUCAUUUUUUGGGACGAAGAUCAACACCGUUUUGCAAUAAAACUGCCUUUUGGCGGGUUUCUGCAUUGUAGGAGUACCAUCUUUCGUUCGGCCUAUAAGCGGGCCCACCGAGAAAAUAACCUGCGAGCAAGAUUACUUGUGCGAGUUCGGGAAAACAUUUUUGGCGGCUUAAUAGUCCGAGGAAAAGUGAGCCUGCACGUGAGCUAUUUAUUUUCAAAUACCACGCGUUCGCUGAGGAACGCAGCGAUCUAAUUGGUUAAGCUGGAUGGCGGCUCCGCCGCCAAAAUAAAUUUUCUCUGAAUUCGCACAAGUGAGUCUGCUUGCAGGCUACCAAAAAACGGUAAAAAAGUUUGGCCGUGACUAAGUUUACACGGCACGGGACAAAUUUUCGACCGGCUGAAAUAUUUGACCCGACACUUCGUUCACACCGGACCGUUCCAUAAUUUCACCUUGUUCACGCGAGGAUAAGAAAGGCUAAACACAUUUUCGCACGGUAAAGUCUCAAGGCUAAAAUGGUACCAUUGUUUCAAAAUUAAACUAGGAGAUCGAUUAUGUUGAAGUUGAGAAAAAACAUAAAUUAACAUACACGUCAUCAUUCAAAGCGUCUUAAAACAUAUUAUAGCGAUCUAAUAAGUUCGAUCACUUUUAAUCUAUUCUCGACUAAUAAGGAACACGUCAUCUAAUUAAAUAUUUUGGAGAAUUUACCUUGAAAUAUAACCUAACUGUCAUCAGCAGCGUCGAGCGUUCAGAAGAAAUGCUUCACCCUGGCUUCGCUAAAGAGUAAUUUUAAUCAAUCUGCUUAUCAAAGGCCAGCUUACUUUGAACGUCUCGUAACUCUCCAUAAACACUCUUAAUUCUCCGUCGCCAUCGUAGUUCAGGAAGGGAGGCAGUCCGUGAAAACGGAUUAGUCAUCUGGUUUCGCUCAGAGGAAUUUCAAUCAAUCUGCUUAUCAACGGCUAGCUUACUGAACUCUCCACAAACUUUGCACGCAGUCGGUAUGGUAGCUCACGAGGAGGAAGUCCGCGAAAACUGGUUCUACUGAAAUCGACCUAAAAGAUCAAACUCUUGCAAAAUCCCUGGAUUCAAAACAAAACCAAAAGGAACAACAAAUGGAUUCCUUGCACCUCAUACUUUGCUUUUUAAACGUAUUUUCAUCUUACACCGCCACCAUGCUAAAUGUUGUUACAAUCCACGCCAUAAGAAAAACUCCUUCAUUGUCAAAGAACUUAAAAACAUUGCUCCUUAGUCUGGCUGUUUCUGAUCUUGGCGUUGGAAUAGUAGCUCAACCGUUGUACGUUGCAAAACUUAUCAUCGACUCGAAGGACAACAACGAAAUUAGUACGGAGCCUCAAAAUGCUAUCUACACAACUUGUCUUAUCCCAACGCAUUUAUUUUGUUUCGCUACUUUCUUUAUCGUCACUGUUCUCUGUGCAGACAGAUUCAUGGCAAUUCAUUUUUAUUUCCGAUACCAAACCCUUGUAACACACAAGCGUGUUGUUGCUGUAGUUGUCUUAGUUUGGGCAGUCAGUGCAGUUUUUCCAUUGGUGAGGCUGUUGAUUCCAUGGAAUAUAAUGUACGCGGUUUUUGGCAUUAGUGAAUCUGCCUGUAUUAUAGCUGCGACUUUCUUCAGUGUCAGAAUCUAUUUGUCCGUGCGACGUCACUUAAACGAACGACAAGUGCUACAACUACAACAAGCAUCACAGACCGGACAAAUUAUUAACACGAAAAGGCUGAGGAAGUUUGCGAUCAUGGCAGCUCACGUCUGUCUCCUAUUGAUGGUUUGUUAUUUGCCAAUGACUGUCGUGUUAGUUUAUGUAGUUACCUCUAGAUCAAACAAUGUUAAAACGCAUUUACUGUUAAAUUUUGGCCUGACGCUAGUGUUUGUGAAUUCAUCGCUUAACCCACUGAUCUACUGUUGGAAGGUAAAACACAUCCGACACACUAUCAUUGGCUUAUUACGAAAUGCAGUUUCAAAGCACAACUGAGGAAAGUUUCAGAACAUUGCAGCUGAGCUCAGCUGGACUGCAAACAAAACAACUUUGACAUCGGAUUAAAGAAAACGUAACAUAAAAGCGAACAGCUUGAAUUCUUCUACAAUGUAAUUCUGUUCAUUUUGGGGCAGCGAGUUUUUAUGAAUGAAUCCAAAGCCCUCAGUUUAUCGUCAUUAAAAAGUAACUAGAACGUUGUUAAAAAAUUAUUCACGAAAAGUAUACUUCACAGGAACCAUAGAAAUCACCAGAAUGUGGCAGAUGAAGACAGAAAUAAUCCCCGUGGUCGUAGGCGCGUUAGAAGUGAUUAAGACAGGCUCAGAGAAGCUCGUCAGCGAAAUUUGAUGAAACAUCAAUUUCUACACACAAAGAAAAACAAACACACAAAACAAAACAAAAACAGUCUACCCUCAAAAUUACACCCAAAAAAAUGAACUCAACACCCUUCAAAUUAAUGCACCUUUCAAUUGUCUCAAACAGGAUAUUAUUGCUAGGGCUUCCCGAGUUCAAAAAUGGGCUAAAGGCCGACAUGGAAGUUUCGUUAAUGCUAAGAACGCUGAAAAAUUCUUUAUUCAAGUGCCUUUAGUCUUAAUUUAUAUGAUCGAAAAGUCCCAAAUAUGGGCAAGCGAUGGCCAACUUCGACCUUAAGGUCUGUAAUAACAAUAAUACAAAUGCGUUGGGUUUAAAGAUUGACGAGAAAAAAAAAAAGCUAACUAUACCCUAAAAACUAUUUGAUUCAGCCACCCCAAGUCUCACAUGCUGUAGUCCAUUUACUCAGAGGUAACUAAAUAAAUGUAAAUUCAUUUUAACAUUGUAUUUUUUUUUAGAAUCUUACUGUGUAUUUUUAGAGUUUUUAUUGUAGCUGUAUUUUGUAAGUAAUGUUAUUCUUAUUUUUAAUAUAUAGUUUCAUUCAUUUGUAAUUAUUUUUACACCACCGCCAAUCGUGUUUAAAUAAAGGACAUAUAUAUAUGUAUGUAUGUGGAUACGUUUUCUGAUGAUAAAGUUGAAACGAAACGUCGCGCCGGAACAAUAUAUAGGUGACAAUCGCGAGACAAACGAUAAACGAAACCCCUCAUACACAUUAUCCACAAUGAACAAUAUCUUCCAUGACAAAGUUGAAGUUAUUUUUAAAAAAAAACUUCCUGUUAUCUAAUUCAGAAAUUAGACAUCAGGUUUUCAGGACAGCACGUACUGGCGCCUAUAAUUGUUCAAACCAUUAUCAUAAGUGGCGUUAUACUAAAGAGAAACUAAUUGAAAAACACUGUCAUUCACAUCAUGUUUUUUAUUCAUUUUUUGGGACGAAGAUCAACACCGUUUUGCAAUAAAACUGCCUUUUGGCGGGUUUCUGCAUUGUAGGAGUACCAUCUUUCGUUCGGCCUAUAAGCGGGCCCACCGAGAAAAUAACCUGCGAGCAAGAUUACUUGUGCGAGUUCGGGAAAACAUUUUUGGCGGCUUAAUAGUCCGAGGAAAAGUGAGCCUGCACGUGAGCUAUUUAUUUUCAAAUACCACGCGUUCGCUGAGGAACGCAGCGAUCUAAUUGGUUAAGCUGGAUGGCGGCUCCGCCGCCAAAAUAAAUUUUCUCUGAAUUCGCACAAGUGAGUCUGCUUGCAGGCUACCAAAAAACGGUAAAAAAGUUUGGCCGUGACUAAGUUUACACGGCACGGGACAAAUUUUCGACCGGCUGAAAUAUUUGACCCGACACUUCGUUCACACCGGACCGUUCCAUAAUUUCACCUUGUUCACGCGAGGAUAAGAAAGGCUAAACACAUUUUCGCACGGUAAAGUCUCAAGGCUAAAAUGGUACCAUUGUUUCAAAAUUAAACUAGGAGAUCGAUUAUGUUGAAGUUGAGAAAAAACAUAAAUUAACAUACACGUCAUCAUUCAAAGCGUCUUAAAACAUAUUAUAGCGAUCUAAUAAGUUCGAUCACUUUUAAUCUAUUCUCGACUAAUAAGGAACACGUCAUCUAAUUAAAUAUUUUGGAGAAUUUACCUUGAAAUAUAACCUAACUGUCAUCAGCAGCGUCGAGCGUUCAGAAGAAAUGCUUCACCCUGGCUUCGCUAAAGAGUAAUUUUAAUCAAUCUGCUUAUCAAAGGCCAGCUUACUUUGAACGUCUCGUAACUCUCCAUAAACACUCUUAAUUCUCCGUCGCCAUCGUAGUUCAGGAAGGGAGGCAGUCCGUGAAAACGGAUUAGUCAUCUGGUUUCGCUCAGAGGAAUUUCAAUCAAUCUGCUUAUCAACGGCUAGCUUACUGAACUCUCCACAAACUUUGCACGCAGUCGGUAUGGUAGCUCACGAGGAGGAAGUCCGCGAAAACUGGUUCUACUGAAAUCGACCUAAAAGAUCAAACUCUUGCAAAAUCCCUGGAUUCAAAACAAAACCAAAAGGAACAACAAAUGGAUUCCUUGCACCUCAUACUUUGCCUUUUAAACGUAUUUUCAUCUUACACCGCCACCAUGCUAAAUGUUGUUACAAUCCACGCCAUAAGAAAAACUCCUUCAUUGUCAAAGAACUUAAAAACAUUGCUCCUUAGUCUGGCUGUUUCUGAUCUUGGCGUUGGAAUAGUAGUUCAACCGUUGUACGUUGCAAAACUUAUCAUCGACUCGAAGGACAACAACGAAAUUAGUACGGAGCCUCAAAAUGCUAUCUACACAACUUGUCUUAUCCCAACGCAUUUAUUUUGUUUCGCUACUUUCUUUAUCGUCACUGUUCUCUGUGCAGACAGAUUCAUGGCAAUUCAUUUUUAUUUCCGAUACCAAACCCUUGUAACACACAAGCGUGUUGUUGCUGUAGUUGUCUUAGUUUGGGCAGUCAGUGCAGUUUUUCCAUUGGUGAGGCUGUUGGUUCCAUGGAAUAUAAUGUACGCGGUUUUUGGCAUUAGUGAAUCUGCCUGUAUUAUAGCUGCGACUUUCUUCAGUGUCAGAAUCUAUUUGUCCGUGCGACGUCACUUAAACGAACGACAAGUGCUACAACUACAACAAGCAUCACAGACCGGACAAAUUAUUAACACGAAAAGGCUGAGGAAGUUUGCGAUCAUGGCAGCUCACGUCUGUCUCCUAUUGAUGGUUUGUUAUUUGCCAAUGACUGUCGUGUUAGUUUAUGUAGUUACCUCUAGAUCAAACAAUGUUAAAACGCAUUUACUGUUAAAUUUUGGCCUGACGCUAGUGUUUGUGAAUUCAUCGCUUAACCCACUGAUCUACUGUUGGAAGGUAAAACACAUCCGACACACUAUCAUUGGCUUAUUACGAAAUGCAGUUUCAAAGCACAACUGA